AAUUAUCUGACAGCUGAUAUGUUGAGCGUCCUUUAAUAUCUGUUCAGUUCAGCUUCUCUAAUACCCCUCUGCUCGUGCACAUAUGUUAUUGAGGCACGCAUCUCGUUGUGUUGGUCGUGGAGGCGCUGUGUGAUGAGGCCGCGGAGGAGGUGGCUUGAGUUCAGCAGCAGCAGAUCUCUUCUCCUCUCUCCGCCGGGGAAAAAACAACAGUGUGUAGCGGCAGCAGGCGGCAUCACGGCACUCUCAUGGCUGAAGAGGCCAAAAAACUGGCAGCUUAUGCUGCUGUGGACACCCACAUACAGAAUAAUCAGGUAGUUGGAGUGGGCAGUGGCUCAACUAUCGUCUAUGCUGUGGAUAGGCUGGCUGAGAGGGUCAGACAGGAGAAGCUGAAUAUCGUGUGUGUUCCCACGUCUUUCCAGGCCCGUCAGCUGAUUCUGCAGCACGGUCUCACUUUGUCUGAUUUAGAAAGGCAUCCUGAGCUGGAUGUAGCGAUUGAUGGAGCUGAUGAGGUUGAUGCUGCUUUGACGCUGAUUAAAGGAGGAGGAGGAUGCUUAACCCAGGAGAAGAUUGUAGCUGGUUGUGCCAAACACUUUAUUGUCAUUGCAGACUAUAGAAAGGACUCGAAGGCCCUGGGGCAACAGUGGAAGAAAGGUGUGCCGGUGGAGGUCAUUCCCAUGGCGUAUGUGCCUGUGUCCAGAGCCAUUGCCCGGCGCUUUGGAGGAGAGGCUGUGCUGAGGAUGGCAGUCAGUAAAGCUGGUCCAGUGGUUACUGAUAACAGUAACUUCAUCCUGGAUUGGAAGUUUGAGCAUGCACAGAAAUGGAAAGAAGUCAACACAGCCAUCAAGAUGAUCCCAGGUGUGGUUGAGACAGGUUUGUUUGUGGGGAUGGCUGAGAGGGUGUACUUCGGUAUGGAGGAUGGGAGUGUCAAGACUAGAGACCCUCCUAUCAACUAAGAAGAUCUUCCUCUGCUCUUGUGAUAGACCAGCCUGCACACCUCAAGUGCCGUUCAAAUACACAGACUCUGGCAGCUCUUUCCCUACAGGUUAUCUUAUUUUCUGUUACAGAAACCGUCAGACGUCUGAUCAGUACCUCUCAUGUGGCUGUGCACAUGAAAUAUGGAUUUUCACACAACAAUGCAACAUUAGAUCCUCAGAUCCUUCAGAUACACCCGUUUUUCCUCUCAUAUCCUCUGUCUGGACAAUUCUGCUUAUGUUGGGAAUGAGUCUACAGAGACUGUCCAUACGGUACAUCGCCAGUGUUAGUUUGCCUUCUGUGCUUCUUUACGUAGCCAUGAAUGUUGUCUUACAUGGGCGUCUGUACAAAUGUAUGAAUAUUGUGGCCUCCGUUUGUGCCUCCAUAAAUGUAUAUUUUCACAAAGCAUAGUUCCUAGCCUUACAAAUGCAUGCAGCUUUUGAGAAAAUCUCAGUCACACCCUAUUGCGUCGUUAGUAUAGUGUCUGUGGGUUUGUAUGAUCAUUUUGAAUCUGCUUUGUUGAUUGAUUAUGACAGAUUUCCUCAGACGCUCCAACGUGAAACCUCAAGCAAAACGAGUGGCCUUUGCCAGCACACAGCGGUUAGUUUAGUUCAGUGAUCAAUCAUUUCAGAGGAUUCUGCCCCUGGAUAAAAUACACUAUUUGAAGUUGUGAAAUACUACUCCGAUUUUGAUAUUGAUUUUGUUUUCGUAUAAUUUUUCGAUGUGCCUGUGGCCACGAACACUGUUGUUGAGGGAUGAAAGCAGCAGUGAGUUGGUGGCACAGCUUGAAAGCCUUAUCUUCUGUACAUGUAUUGAUCAGUUCUGUUAAUGAAAACUCUUCACAGAGGUCACUGUGAUUUUUGGGUAUGGUACUACUUAAAAUACCAGCAUGUGUUUUACUCUACCAAUUUUACUGUGAUACUAAGGUUUUCAAAUGUUAUGUUCUAGACUGAAAAUCAAUAUUAAAACCGGACCAAUCAAC